GGGGCUGAGCACUGUGGAUCCGCUCUCCUAUAGGCCGAGGUGCUGGCGCAUGGCCGCUGAGCUGGUGGCUGCAUGGACAAUGGGCCCUGAGCGGAUCUGUCCCAAUGAGCACGAGGAGCUGGGGCCGCAGGAGGUGCCUGAGGGAGCCCCAGAUCCGCCCGGGGACUGGAGCAGCGAGGACCCCGAGGAGGAGGAGGAGGAGGGCGGGGACGGCUAUGUCUACCAGCCCCUGACCCAGGAUCCGGAGCCGGGGUUGUGGGACCAGGGUUCGCUGGCAGCUGAGGAGCCCCCAGGCCCUGCAGAGACGACCUCUGGCAUCGGAGCCUGUGUCCCCCAGCCCCUGACCCAGGAUCCGGAGCCGGGGUUGUGGGACCAGGGUUCGCUGGCAGCUGAGGAGCCCCCAGGCCCUGCAGAGACGACCUCUGGCAUCCAGGAGCGAUUGCAGAUGCUGAGGCUGCACCUGCCGGACCCCCCUGUGGAUAGUGAGGAGGAGGAGGAGGGGGCUGCUGCUCAGAGCAGCCAAAGUUCCAUCCCUAUGGACCCAGAACACGUGGAGCUGGUGAAAAGGACGAUGGCGGGGGUGAAGCUGCCUACCCUGGGAAUCCCGGCGUGGGCCAGCGAGAUCUCGGAGGAUCAGUGGACGGCUAUGGUGCAGCGAACGCUGCAGGCCAGGCAGAAUCUCAGCGCCUCUAGGCCGGAACUGAAGUGACGUGCAGAGCCAGAGCCAGCGCCAGGUCCCUGCUGGGAGAGCCGAGGACCAAGUGCUCCCCUGUACGCUUUAACCAGGGACUAGGAUGGGAGGCAGACCAGGGCCCUCGCCCCUCUGACGGGUCGGACUUGGCCUCCCCCGGCACUGAAGCACUAAGCGGUUUGGUUUGUCUCCCACUGAAGCUGUCUGACCCAAAAUCUGUCUCGUCUCCUCCUUUCCUACCCCCGGCUCUCAGCUAGCGUGGUGUGUUGUUGUGGUGUCGUCAGUAGUACUCUGCCCCCCAGGAACUGGAGUGCCCCAUGGGCACUGCUGGCUCGAGCCAGAGCUGUGCUAGUGCCAAAGGGGAUUUCCCUUCUCACCCGUGCAUGCGUGGCCCCCGCCCGCUGUGGAGCGCAAACAACGGUGCUGUGCCGGAUCACAGGAGCUGGAGGCUCGGGUGGCGUCUUUCCAAGGGAUCCAUUUUAUUUAGUUCUGUACAUACAGAGACAGCUGUACAAAAUCCAACACUUUCAUACUAUUAUGCUCUACUGAAAAUAAAGUACACCAUAUGUACAUA